AAUGUGUGCGUUACUUUUUUGGCUGAUUAAAUGUAUAUAACGCCGGUAAAAACAUCAAUGAGUGUUUAACAAGUUUAAAAAAGUAUUUGGAGAAGAGGAAAAUCGAUACGAGAUAUUUUUACGCACACCUAGUAUGACGUCACCGUAGUUAUGACGUCAGCGGAUCAAGCCGCAGAGUACGAGUGCACUCUGACGGAAGACGAAAGCCAAAGAGCGAUCGUCGAGCUGAAAGAGCAUCCAAAUGACCGACUUCCGGCAGUGCGCGCAUUCCGGAAGUGGAUUCUUGAGCAGAAUUCGUGGCUGUCGUCCCCCAUAGAUACGAAGUUCCUGCUCGCGUUCCUCCGGAUCUGCAAGUUUAGUCAGCUGAGCGCACGGGAACGCCUCGUCAACUUCCUGGCGACUUUCAACGACUCUGUGAGCUACCUGAACGGUCACGAUCCCGGCGACCCGAAAUUUCUCCAAAUUCUCAGACAGAGUCGAGUGUUUACUCCAUUGCCAAAAAAGGACAGUAAAGGUCGAACAAUUAUCGUUGGAAACUAUGAACACUUUGACGCCAGCGGACGCUCUUACGAGUACGCAGACUUCCAGCGGGCGGUGCUCGGCGUUUGCCACUCCCUGGCGUUCUGCGACGAACACUUCCAAGUGAACGGUGCUAACUUUCUCAUGGACUACGGGGCUGUCACCAUGAAGCACAUCACGUUCGGGGGCUCGGAGAACAUGCGCAAGCGCGCUCAACACUUUCAGAAAGCUUUACCAGUCUCCAUCCGUCAGUUCCACCACUACAACACGGGUCCCAUCUUCAACGUUCUCCUCCACCUCCUCCGUCCGGCCUUGUCAGAGAAGAUGCGCAUACGCGUGUUUCUGCACGGUCACAGUAUGGUGUCUGUGUAUAAAACAAUCGACAUGUCUUUAUUACCGGAAGAGUAUUUGCCAGACGACUAUGAUGGAGAUUGCGCGGGAAAUCUAGAAAACAUAACUGAAGAUAAUAUCGAGAAGUUGAUACUUGAUCCAAGCAGACGACAGUUCAUCAAAGAUCUCUGGAGCGGCAAGUACUGUGUGGAUCUCAGCAAGAAACCAUCGGAUGUGGCGUCCGUAGACGGCGUGUAUGGCUCAUUUCGUAGGCUGGAAAUCUAGAUUUAUUGCUACCCUGUGUGUUGAAUUUUCGGUUAAGUGACUUUUUGCACUUUCAGGAAAGGAUAUUACCGUAUGUGGAUCCAGGAGUGCGUGUAGAACUCCAAUCCACCUUAUUAAAUGUUUAAUGUAGUACAUUCACACAUAUUUUAUUAUUAAUCACAUAGAUCGUGUUAUUAAAGUUUUAUUUAAA